AUGCUAUAUCGGAGAGGCCACGCGCUGCCAUGUCGAGAAGACGAUUCGAAAGGUGUCCAGUCGUGGCGAUGCUCGCUGAUUAAGUGGUUUGCUAGAAGGAAAGAUGCCAAAGUUGAGCGGGACCAGGGGUUCCACAGGGGCAACGCUGCGACAAGGAUUGGUCAGAGCGCGGUCCCAAGGCUUUCUGGCGGUGCAGUCUACACCACAGAACUCGAUACGAUCGCAAAGAUGGGCGCAUCCAAGAAGAACAGACAACCCUCGCUCCACUCGAGAGCCGCAAGGCGGGCGACGGACGUCGACAUCGACACCGACAAGUCCCUCAAGGAAGUCAAGGCCCCGGCCGCCGCGACCGACUUCCGGCCGUCGGUCCUCAACGCCCAGCACAACUCUGGCGUGUCCAAGAAGACCAAGAACCGCAAGGCGCAGAUGAGCGCCAAGGCCAAGGAGAGGAAAGAAAAGGCGGCGGACCGCGCCGAGGCCAUCAUGGGGCGGACCUCGACCAAGACGGAGAAGAGCAAGGACAGGGCGCGGAGGGUCCAGACGCGGAGCAAGCAGUGGGAGGACAUCAACAAGGGGGCCAUUGCGGCCAAGAAGUUUCCCGACGAGGAGGAUUCUGAGGUGGAGCAGAGGCAGACGAAGAGCAGGACUGUCGAGGUGGCUGCUGGCAAGGGCUGGGAGACGGAUGAGGAGAUGGACGGCGCUGAUGAUGAUGUCGCCGCUGCGUCUGCGCCAGCUCCUCCUGUACCGGCACCUCCCCCAGCAAACGACGAUUUCGACGAGGAGAUUUUGUCCUUGAAAGUUUUCGAAAGCCUCGACGCAAAGUGCAUGCCGCCCUUCUGCCUCAGUCGGGCACAAAUUUGGACGUCUUGGAGGGGCCAGAAGCUCUGCGACAGCGUCAGCCUCGAUUUUCUGCCGGACGUCAUCCAAUUCACCAUCCACGCCAUCCACACAAACCACAAGAUGCCACCCAAGCGCAUGACCGCGAACCCGGUCAAGCCGGGACGCUACUUCCCCGGCAAGGCCGUCCCCCAAGAGGACUCAUCAGACUCGGACGCGAGCGAUGACGAAGAAAAGGCAAACGACGACACAAGCAAGGCCCGCGCGAUCAAGCCGCCGCCAAAGGCAUCGAGCGCCGCCAAGAUCGCGAGCAACGUCAGCAAAGUCAACCUCGACGAACGGAGGCGCGAGGCGCAGGACAAGGAGAACCAGAGGAUAGCGCGCGAGAAAGCGGAGCGGCUCGCUGCGGAAGAAGGUUUCGUCACAGAAGAAGAAGAAGAGGAAGAGGGAGAAGAUGACGAUGAAGGCGAAGAAGAAAGCUCCAGCGAGGAGGAAAGCAGCAGCGAAGAAGAAGCACCCCGCCGCCUCAUGAUUCGACCCAAAUUCAUCCCAAAAAACCAGCGCAACGCAGCAGCGGCAGCCGCCAAAGGACAGUCGUCCACCAAAGACGACGAGACGCGCCAGGCAGAAGAAGAAGCCCGCCGCAAAGCCGCCGCCGACGCCCUCGUCGAAGAACAAAUCGCAAAGGACCUCGCCGCCCGCGCCGCCGGCAAAAAGCACUGGGACGACGACGAGGCCUCGGGCUCCGACGUCGACACGACAGACGACCUCGACCCGGAGGCCGAACUCGCAGCCUGGCGCCUCCGCGAGCUCAAGCGCGUCAAGCGCGAGCGCGACCGCAUCGCCGAGCAGGAAGCAGAGUACGCCGAGCGCGAGAGGCGGCAGAACCUCACGCAAGAGGAGCGCGACGCCGAGGACGCGGACAAGAUUGCCGCGCAGCAGGACGAAAAGGACGCCAAGGGCAAGAUGUCGUAUCUGCAAAAGUACUACCACAAGGGCGCGUUCUACAGCGAGGAGGCGAAGGCGUACGGGCUCGACAAGCGCGAUCUCAUGGGCAUGCGUAUUGCGGAUGAUGUCAAGGAUCGCAGCGCGCUGCCGGAAUAUCUGCAGAAGCGCGACAUGACGAAGUUGGGACGCAAGGGCGGGACAAAGUACAAGGAUCUCAAGAGCGAGGAUACCGGACGAUGGGGCGAGUUUGAUGACCGGCGUGGCGGGGGUGGUGGUGACCGGAGGAGAGGCGGCUUCGAUAGGGAUGUGGACGAGCGAUUCCGGCCGGACAAUGAUCGUGAGGUUAACGGUGCCAACGCCAUUCCCUUGGGUGACCGCAAGGCGCCUUCAGCUGGUGGCAGAAGUGAUCGUGAUAGGUAUCGCGACGACAGAGACGACCGGCGCGGAGACCGGGACGACUACCGCCGUCGAGAUCGGUCGAGGUCGAGGUCGCCGCGCCGCGACUCGCGGGACGACUACAGGGAUAGGCGGAAGCGCAGCCCGUCACGCGAGAGAGAGCGCUACGACAGCGACAAGCGGAGGCGCGUGGACUCUAGAUAA